CACCAACAAUACCAACAACACCAACAACACAAACAAUACCAACAACACCAACAACACUAACAAUACCACCAACAACAACACCAACAACACCAACAACACUAACAAUACCAACAACAACACCAACAACACCAACAACACAUCACACCAACAACACAGCAACACCAACAACACCAACAACACCAACAAUACCACCAACAACACCAACAAUACCAACAACACACCAACAAUACCAACAACAACACCAACAACACCAACAACACCAACAAUACCAACAACAACACCAACAACACUAACAAUACCAACAACAACACCAACAACACCAACAACACCAACAACACUAACAAUACCAACAACAACACCAACAACACUAACAAUACCAACAACAACACCAACAACACUAACAAUACCAACAACAACACCAACACUAACAAUACCAACAACAACACCAACAACACCAACAACACAUCAACACCAACAACACAUCAACACCAACAACACAUCAACACCAACAACACCAACAACACCAACAACACUAACAAUACCAACAACAACACCAACAACACUAACAAUACCAACAACAAU